AUGCCACCAUUAUUUACGGAAAACUUCAAGGAUGAUUGUCCUUUACCACCCAAAGAACAGGGAAAUCCAGAUCGUCGUCAACCACUAUAUAUUGGGGAUUGGAAAAAAUCUAUUCCAUACGUCGAUGAAGAUAUUGCAACUGAUAAUCUAGAUGAACCUCAUAUGAAACGAAAAGUCACAAUUCUGAAAAAGUAUCCAGACAUAGAGAAAUUAUAUGGAUAUGACAUUUCCACCGUCCCAAUCGUAAUCGUAGCAGCAGCGGCACAAAUUGUGGCAGCGUAUGUUUUUGGACGAAUUCUUACCGACUGGAAUUGGACUAUGCUUAUUUAUUGUUACUUUGUUGGAGCAUCUUUAACACAACUUUAUGGAGUAAUAAUUCAUGAGGCGACACAUUGUCUUGCAGCACCAACCAGAUUUCAAAACAGGAUUGUGGGAUUAAUAGCGAAUAUAGCUUUACCAUUUCCGAUUGCCAUGUCCUUUCGUCGAUAUCAUUUAGAACAUCACACAUUUCAAGGAGUUUUAGGUAUGGAUCCUGAUUUACCAAUGGAAUGGGAAUGGAAAAUGAUUCGUGGUAAUUCGUUUCUUAAAUUUGUUUGGUUGAGCAUUUAUCCAGUAAUGUACGUAGCUAGAGGGGUGAUUAUGCAAAAAAGUCCACAAUUUUGGGAAUAUGUUAAUUGGGUUUUUACUAUCACUACCAAUAUUUUGGUUUAUUAUUUUUGUGGUCUUAGAGGAUUUCUAUAUUUGGUUUUAUCAUUAUGGUUGGGAUAUGGUUUACAUCCAGCAGCUGCACAUUUUAUUCAAGAACAUUAUACAUUUGAUGAUGGUCAGGAAACCUAUUCAUAUUAUGGAAUAUUGAAUUACUUUUUCAUGAAUAUCGGGUAUCAUAAUGAGCAUCACGAUUUUACCAAGGUACCAUGGUCAAAACUUCCAGAAGUACGUAGAAUCGCAUCAGAAUAUUAUGAUAGUCUCGCUUAUCACACAUCAUGGGUUAUGGUUCAAUGGAAUUUUGUCACCAAGAAACAAUUCGGACCACAAAGUCGUGUCGGUAGAAGUGUUGAUGAUCAUAAGAAAGGACGUAAAAUGUUGGGGAAAUUGAAAAAGGAAUUGUUGGACGAAUGA